GCAGCAGCAGCAGCAGCAGCAACGACAACGGCUGUAGCAGAGCCAUUAACUAUGUUUAUUGUUGUUAGAAAGGACCUGGCAAAAAAACUUCAAUGGCCCACUGGCAGCGUGAUGACCCAAGCUUGUCAUGCAGCAACAGCCAUUCUUCACAUAACACGUGAGGAUAAGAAUACCCAAGAAUACCUUGCUGAUUUAGACAAUAUGCAUAAAGUCGUAUUAGAAACAAAGAACGAAGGCAGUUUAGAUAAGCUUGCAGACGUCCUUUCACAACAUCAGAUACCAUACAAAAAAUGGAUAGAACAGCCCGAGAAUAUCCCGACUGCAUUGGCAACAGCUCCUCUUCGUGGCAGGUCUCCUGAAGUGCAAGAAGCCUUUAAGAAAUUUUGUUCUCUAUACAGAUAAUGCAUUUGCCCUAUAUCUGUGGCUUGUUUGUGUAUUUAUUUUUUCCAACAAUAAAAUUACAUGUUGACAGCAAAAAGUCUCG